ACUUCAUCUGCCUCCUCUUUCCUUUUGCAUUUGUCCAUUUUUUCUCAUUUGUUCUUUUCAAGUUUUUUGGCCUUCAAAACCAGUAGCUUUGUACUGGGCUUCUUACUUUCUUCUUUUGCUCUCUUUUACCUGUAUUGGUUCAUACUAUAUAUGGGUUUUUCAUUCUCCACCUGUCCAUUGCAUACUAAAUUUGCCUUCUUUUGGAGUUUUUCCCUUUCAAAAUUGGAAAUCUUGAAAUGGGUUUAAUGGUUUUUUCAAAUUAUCCCAUCUGGGUGUUUCUUCAUUUUCCCACAGCAAUCCUUUUUUUGUUGUUUUUUAUUAGAACAAAGCCUUUUCUAUAGUGGAGAUUUAGAACCGUGUUCUUAUCCAUUUGCUCUCAUCACAUUAACAACUAAAAUCUUGCUGAAAUCUUCUAUUUUUCUUUGUUGGAUAGCGUUUUUGCUAUUCAUUUUCAGUUUCAGGUUCUUCUAAGUAAUAAGUGAUUAUUUUUAGUCAAACACGUUUGUCAUAGAUCUGUUUACAGCGUUCUAUUUUUACUCUCUAUUAACGUUUCCUUUCCCAAGUCUAUGCAUGAGUUAUGCUUUCUUCAACGGUUUUCUCAAGAGUUCAAAGUGCAUUAAUUGGAACAUGUGGUUUUCAAUAGUGUUGACUUUAAUUACUUUUAAUAGAAGUUUGGUCAUCUUUUUCUUCCCUUAUACGGGUUGAUAUUGAGAUCUAAUUUGCCUUUCCUUUUCCGUCAAAGUAACAGGAAUUGCAAAUGGGGAAAAAAGGAAGUUGGUUUUCAGCAGUGAAGAAAGUUUUCAGCCCAGAUUCCAAAAAAGAUAAGAAAAGUCACAAGUCAAGCAGUAACAAGGAGGGGGAAAUUGCAGCAGAUGUUAAAUUAAUUGAGGCUGAGAAAGAACAAAGCAAGCAUGCUGCUUCUUUGGCUUUUGCCACUGCUGUUGCAGCAGAGGCUGCUGUUGCUGCUGCUCAGGCUGCUGCAGAGGUUGUUCGUCUCACAAGUAUGCCACAUUACACUGGAAAGACCAUGGAAGAGAUUGCAGCUGUCAAGAUUCAGACUGUAUUUCGUGGAUAUAUGGCAAGAAGAGCAUUGCGUGCCCUGAGAGGUUUGGUGAGGCUGAAAACCGUAGUGCAAGGGCAAUCUGUUAAAAGACAAGCUUCUAGCACCCUACGAAGUAUGCAAACUCUAGCAAGAUUACAGUCUCAGAUUCGUGAAAGGAGAAUUAGAAUGUCUGAAGAGAACCAAGCUCUUCAGCGCCAACUGCAGCAGAAACAUGAAAAAGAACUUGAGAACCUGCAUGCUGCUGAGGUUGGAGAAGAAUGGGAUGACAGUUUGCAGUCAAAGGAGCAAAUUGAAGCCAAAUUGUUGCACAAACAAGAAGCAGCUUUAAGAAGAGAGAGGGCUUUGGCCUAUUCAUUCUCACAUCAGAAAACAUGGAAGGGCACUUCAAAGUCAUUAAAUCCCACAUUUAUGGACCCAAACAAUCCCCAAUGGGGGUGGAGUUGGUUUGAGAGGUGGAUGGCUACUCGGCCAUGGGAUGGCCACAGCACUGCGGAUCACAAUGAUCAUGGAUCUGUGAAGAGUGCAGCAAGCAGGGCCAUGACAGUAGGAGAAAUUGUGAAAGGUUAUUCUCUCCAAGACCAUAACCAUGACAAAAGAGCUUCCCCUUUUGGCCAAAAGGCAAGAAGACCAUCCCCUCACAUUUCACCUUCAAAGGCACCAUCUGCUAGUGGCAAGGUAAGGCCAUCAAGCUCAAAGGGUAGUGUGUUCUGGGGUGGAGAUGAGGACUCAAGAAGCAUGUUCAGCAUUCAAUCAGAGAGAUAUCGCCGGUACAGCAUUGCAGGAUCCUCAGUGAGAGAUGAUGAGAGUCUUGCUAGCUCCCCUGCCAUUCCAAGUUAUAUGGCACCUACAAGCUCAGCCAAGGCCAGGUUCAAAAUCCAAAGGCCUUCACCUGAGAAAGGAGGUGCUGCUGUAAGGAAACGUCUUUCUUUCUCUCCUUCAGCUGCUCCAAGAAGGCAUUCUGAUCCUCCUAAACCCUAAACCUCUUGCAGCAGUUAGCAAUGGAAGGGUAAGGUAGUCCUUUGGAUAUCAUUGCCACUAGAGUAAUUCUUGUAGGAGAACAAUAUUUAUGCUUCUGCUUGGAUAAAUUUCUUCACAAUCACUUACAAAAGGAGAUAAAAUCAAUUAAACUUUUCUAGUAAGUUAAAAUCAACUUUUAUGUAGCUUCUCUCAUCUAACUUUCAUACAAGUAUAGGUACAUAAGUUGAUUUUAACGUACCCGAGGAGUUUGACUCAUUUUUCUCCUCUCCAAACAAGUAUUUAUAGAGAAAUUUAUUCAAAUAAGUCUUAUAAACAUAACUGAUUAAAAGUCAUCUUAAGCCUUUGAACAGUUGUGUUUAUAUUAUAGAGACUGUUUCAUGCGGCAAUUGCUCUUGGCACCAAGUCUCUUAGAACAAAGAAUGAUGAUUUGGAUGGUUGCUUUGGUCCUCUUCUUCAGUUUCCCGCGAGAUGGUGCUUUCAGGAGUAAGAUUCAAUAUUUGCUUAUCAGUUUUGUUCAUAUGGUCAAACAUAUUUUACAUUUCUUUUUAACAGACAACUCUAUUUAGGUGGAUUGGUUUUAGGAGUGACAUUAGCUUUUGACAAGGUAUGUUUUUGGUUUAACUUGCUGAAACCCUUGUUGGGGUAGAAUGCUAUUUGUAUUGUUUUAUUGUAAAUCAAUUUUCUGGUUUUGAUUGUGAUUA